CGAAGUAAGGUCCCAGAAAAAUUCAAAUUUAUGAUGCCAGCCCAAUCGAACGAUAAAAACUACCAGAAAAUAAAGUUAUGGAAAUGCGUGCCUUGUCCGUCAUCUGAUCUCUUCAGGCGCGGUUAGUUAGCGCGUGAUCUUAUACAACAAUUAAAUUCUCCGACCAAAUUAACCAGUCUCUCAGAAAUCGAACGAUAAAAACGACGUUGUUGCGAGGCCCUUUACAUCUCGAUACUUGCAGAGUUGAAGAGAGAGAGAAGCAAUGGCGAGCGGUGCAGAGUUGAAGUCGGAGAGCUUGCUGGAGCUGAUGAAAGAGCACCUGAAAACCGACGCCGGCAAAGAAAUUACCAAGAAAAUCGGACUCGUCUAUCAGAUCAACAUCGCACCCAAGAAAAUUGGAUUCAAUGAGGUGAUUUUUACAGUUGAUCUUAAGAAAGGCGAGGUCAAGAAAGGGGCAUAUGAAGGAGGGAAGCCAGAUGCAACUUUUUCGUUCAAGGAUGAUGAUUUCGUUAAGGUGGCGCUAGGGAAGAUGAACCCACAAAUCGCUUUCAUGAGGGGGGCAAUGAAGAUCAAGGGCAGCCUGAGUGCGGCCACGAAAUUCACACCUGACAUUUUCCCCAAGCCUGCCAAGAUGUGAGAUUUCGGAUUUUAGGCCUAAUUAUAUUUUGAUUGCUUCAAAUGAAUUUCUCAAAUACUAGGAAACUUUGAACCGAUAGGAAUUUUAGCUUUCCACUAAAGAGAAACUAGAAGUCAAUUAGAUGAAAGCUUGUGCUUUUUGAUAUGUGAAUCAUUUCGUACUUAAUGCAAUAAGCUGCCGAUUCGAAUA